CUCACUCAAACGGUGGCCUUUUAUGAUGAAGCCCAGAAAUUCCGAUUGUCACUGAACGCACCACCGCCGUUCAUUUGAGUCGAGGUCUGUCAAAGGAGCUCAGAGUUAGUUUGAGACGAGCUGUGAUUAUUUCGCUUUAAACGCCCGUCAUUUCAUUAUUUCGUCCGCAUGACUUUGACUCACGACCGGGCGAUGACCUACGCCAAAAUGAGGAGGCUUGUGUCAUUUUUCUCAGCUCUGCACAAGGUGAGAAAAACUCUCUUCAAGGACGUAAUACACAAACUUUGCCAGCACCAGGACACCAGGAAGGUCCCUCACCUGUGGAGCAAAAUCAAGGAGAAGACAAAAGACAGAGGCAAUGCGUGCUCGCUAAAGUCUCAACCCCACAUGAUGAAACCAUCUGACUUUGAUUACCUCAAAAUUAUCGGCAAAGGGAGUUUUGGAAAGGUGCUGUUGGCCAGACACAGAAAAGAUGGAGGCUACUUUGCUGUGAAAGUGUUACACAAACAGACUGUUGUUAUGAGGAAGGAGCAGCAACAUGUGAUGGUGGAGAGGAGCGUUCUACUUAAAGGACUUCAACAUCCAUUUUUGGUUGGACUCCAUUACUCCUUCCAAACACCAAACAUGCUCUACUUUGUUGUGGACUAUGUUAAUGGAGGCGAGCUUUUCUACCACCUCCAGCGAGAGGGUCCAUUUCCUGAAAGCAGGGCUGCUUUUUACGCUGCAGAAAUGGCAAUGGCGCUGGGCUACCUUCACGCCUUAGACAUUGUCUACAGGGACCUGAAACCGGAGAACAUUUUGCUGGACAGUGAGGGACAUGUGAAGCUGACCGACUUUGGACUCUGUAAAGAAGGUGUGGCCGUGGGUGGGCUCAUGCAUACGUUCUGCGGGACUCCGGAGUACCUCGCCCCAGAAGUGCUCCAGGGUCACACGUACACUCCCGCAGUGGACUGGUGGGGACUCGGCAGCGUGCUUUUUGAGAUGCUAUACGGACUUCCUCCAUUUUACAGCAAUAGCAAAACAGUGAUGUUUGACAAGAUACUCAACGCACCUCUUUGCCUGCGUAGUGGAACAUCUGAGGCGGCCUGCUCGCUAUUAACGGGUUUACUGGAGAGGAAGGUCUCCAGACGCUUGGGGGAAAGCCGUGACAUAGUGGAGCUGCAGGAACAUCCAUUUUUUGCGUCCAUCAACUGGGAUGACCUACUGGCUAAGAAAAUCACACCUCCCUUCAUCCCCAAUGUGACGAGUCCUUGCGACAUCAGCUACAUCGACCCCGAGUUCACGCUACAACCCGUGCCCGCUUCCAUGAAUGACAGAUGCCAAGAUGGCGGGACGAGUGAAGCCUUUGUAGGAUUCUCCUACAUGAACACUACAUGAGCUACUUUCAUCAAGUGGAUGUAGCAGCAGUUGUACAAAGUAUUUAUUUUUUUUCUAUGUCACUGACAGUGUCGUGGCUCACUCGCCUGAAUGUGGAUUUAUUUUCCGUAAUUCCGAAACGGGGAACGUUAUGGUGGUUGUAUUGAGUGAUGUAUAACGGCAAAAUAAGUAAAGUCUCUUGAGAAUGUCCAAAUACUUUUUCGGUCAAUGAGGAAACAUCAAUGAACAAAACGUACCUUUCGGACAUUUAAUAGACGGUGAAGGUAACAUAGCUUUUUUCAUCCUGGCAUGCAAAGUAAGCAAUCAGCUGACCAUUGCAGAUCAUCAGAAACAAGCCGCUACCUGUGCAAAAACAAAGAGAAAAUCUCAUUUAUGCACAUUUAUACAUUAAGAAUCGGUUUUCGUUCAUCUCACCUAAGGCCAACCACCACUGCCAUGCCAGGGGAAACUCCAGCAUCACUGAAAAAUGAAAUAUAGCUAUAAUAAUUAUAUAAUAAGCUUCAUAGCCUAACCUCACCCAAUUUACCAAGGCUGGUGAUGAAGAUGUGCAGACAAGUGACCGUUAGAGCGUAGUCCCACACUCUCCUCUUCACCACAGCGGCAAACAGCAAGCCACUGCUGAAGUAAGUGAGCUCCAAGGACAACAGGUUGACUGGCACGCAAAGAAAAAAAAAACAGUCAAGGUAGACAAUCUGGUUUGUUGGGUAACAUCCUGGCUAACUGCCUUCUGUGAGCUCACCCAAGUAUUUCGAGACAGAAUCCUCCGGCUUGGUCUUGAAGUCGAAAGGGAUCCGUCCAUCGAAGUCAUCCAACCUAUGUUAAGUUUAGUUACAAAUAAUAUCGCACAUGAGAGUAAGUGUUUUGGAGUUUACUAUUAUUUAUCUUUAGGUUCAUGUGAGUGAGGUCUUCUCACCUGAAGGCACCGAAACAAAUACUGCAGAUCAUGUAAAACAGAGAGUAGAAGAUGAGCAGGCAGAGCAGCAGGUUGAGGAAUACGGUCUGGUGAUUGGAAACAGAGAUGUUAAUGCUAAUUAAUAGGGGAAAAAAACAUCUAUAAAUCUAAUUACAUUAAAUAUGUAUUCAUAUAUA